GCAAGUCACUUACCCUCAAUUGCCUCAGUCAAAAAAGAAUGAAAUUUAUAUUGGGUUCAAGGUUUAUAGUUUAUUGUCCCCUUGACUUAAAUGACUGGAGGAGAAAGUAAGGCUCACAACUUUGCACAGCUCUACCUUACUCAUCCAGUUCACAAGCAAGUCAAGACAUCACCCUUAUGAUGUCAUUGGUCCUCUUCAAGACAUAGUGAUUUUUACAAUACUCCUGUCUAUCACAGUUGGAACAUCUACUACAUUAUGUAUGCACUUAUAACAUUUAUAUUGUAACAUAUUAUACUCUCUAUUAAAUUCUUUGAAGACAGUUUUAUUUUUGUGUUCAUAAUAUAUAACAUAACAUUGCACUUAGUAGGUACUUAAUAUUUAUUUAAUAUAUUUGAAGAGACUUGCAUUGAGAAGGUUUGUUUCCAUAGGAGGAAGUUAAAUUAGAAUUCACUCCAUAGUGAAUUAGAAAGUAAGGAGAUUCCAAAGAAGAUGACCUUGGCUAAUAUAGUUCCAUUAGGCCCCCAAAUAGCUACAUUUCUUCGUCUACUAAAUGGUAAGAUAAGAAAUGCUUGUGGUUCCCUGAUUCAUAAGAGUUAGAAUAGGAACUUUUCAAUUUGGAGUAUUUGUCCCUCAAUAAAAAACAGCUGAAUUUUCCAUAGUAUCCGGAAACUUAGGUUGCACAGCUCCUCAAAGCUGUGGAUUGUACUGGAACCUUCUUAUUUUCCUACACAAAGCCAUAAAAACAGGCUGCUGUACCAGAAGCCUGGAAGAAAAUAGGCAGGCACACUUGUUACUAAUGAGCUUCCUAGAAGGAAAUUCACACUUUCUAGCAAUUGGACCUGCGAUUGACCUCUCUAUGGGGGAAAAGGGAUGAGGAGGGAGGGAGAUAAGGAAGUGGAAUCUGUAUAACUUGCAGAGUAUCCCCUCCCCACCCCCUCAUCAGUUCUUCCAUUCUUAUUGUUGCGGGGGUGUUUUCUUCCUAGGUGUGGUGGUUGGGAAUUUGGCUAGAGGACUACAUCCUCUGUUGGCUCCUCUUGGGGAACUGAGCGUAGAAGCAGAGGUAUCCGAAGAGCCAAGAGCUGGGAAAUAUAUUUCAUUCAUUUCAUGUGGAUUAUGGAAUGAAGCCUGGCAAUUCUCUUCCCUUUCGUUCCUUCUUCCCACAGUUUUCCACCUCUCUCAUCAGAUCUUUUCCCUUUCAGUUCACCUUCGCUCCUACCCCACGAUAAGAAAUUUGAAAAAGACUAGGCUGGUAGGUUGGGGGAGGGCCUCCCCUCCCCCAAUCAUUCCUUUGACCCUAUCUGAUCCUUUACCACCAGUACUGUCUUUUAAUGCCCACACUUCUUUCGGAAAUUUUCUUUGGUUAUUUCUUCACUGAUCUGUGCAGAUCAUGCAGAUUACUGAUUUGUUGUUUCUUUUCCUUUCUUUUGCCCUAAUCCUCCUAUAAAGUGAGGAUUGUCUCUCUCCCCUGAUAUAAUUCCUUAUCCCAGGGUACGAAGUUUGGGAGUACAUAAUAUAGAUCUGACAAUUUUGUCUGCAAGAAAAUAAAGAUAUUUAGCACUUCCCCUCACCCCCAUCUUCCAGGAAUAUAAAUCUGGCUGAAGAGAUUGAUCUCUCUUUGAAUGCAGGGAGACUGAAAUUGUAGUGUGAACGUGAUAGAACAGGAGGUACCAGCGUCAUUGUAUGUUGUAGACUUGGGGGUUUCAAAUGUCAUUCCCGCCCCCUUACCUUCCACCCACACCAAAGAGUGAGGAAUGGGGUAGUGUAGAGGAAAACCACUGAGAUGCUUAAACCUCCAAGGUCCUAGAGAGGAGCAGGAAGUGUCCCUAGGGAGGGAACUGGAGGACUCACUCUGUCCUUUCCAUCCACCGAGACGGUGCACACGGCUCUGUUGACUGCGACUCUGAGAUGGGGACCUGGGGCUAGGAGUUCAAUUUCUGUUUGUAAACUCUUCGAGAUCAAGGUAACUGUCUCCUACUGCCUGGAAUUACACUACCUGAUAUAAUAUAGAAUCAAGUAUAUGGUAAAUGCAUUUUAGACUUUAAGAGUAUUUAUUACUGGAAGUACACAAAGGAUAUCUUCACAAUAUUCAACUGCAACACAGUUCUGUGAAAUGGACUUCAGGGACAGUAUUACAGCAAGACUUGAAUAUAUUUCUUCUGGAUUUCUCUACCAUCUACUUCCUAGUGUGGUGUUUAGUAAAUGGAACAACUUUGUUUUUAAAUGUUGUUGAUUGACAAAUGUCUUCAGAAGUAGGUGAAACUAUCAACUUGUGUCUCAUAUCUGAGCAUCAGUUAGUUUCAUUCUUUUUUCACGUUGUAUCUCGUUUUUCAUCACUCCUGUGAACCAGUUUACCAUCCUCUGAAAUAAAUACAAGGGAGCUAAAUAUAGAAGCCAGUGAUUUUUGCUUGGAAGUAGGGUUACUGCCUGCCACUACCCAUCCAUCUUAAAGUCUAUCAUGCCUACAGCCCUUUGCCCCAGAGUUUUGGCCCCAAAGGAGCGUGAGGAACCCAUUAAAAUGAGGAACCCCCGAGGGCAGGACCCUACCCCACAGGCAGAACCUCCUGGUCCUGAAUCCUUCCGAAGGCUCUUUCGACGUUUUCGCUAUCAGGAAGCUGCUGGUCCCAGAGAGGCUCUAAGACGGCUUCGGGAACUCUGCUGGGGUUGGCUAAGGCCAGAACAACAUACCAAGGAGCAAAUUCUAGAGCUCCUAGUGUUGGAGCAGUUCCUGACCAUCUUACCUGGAAAGAUCCAGAAUUGGGUGCGAGCCCAGGAACCAGAAAGCAGUGAGCAAGCAGUGGUUGUGGUGGAGGAUUUGGAGACAGAACCUGGGAGACCAUGGCAGUGGCUUCAGCUCUCUGAGGAUCCUGUGGUGAUCGAUGAUGGUGAUGGUUCCCCUGUCCUAGUUCGUGGGCCAGAACAGGAAAGAUUUUUGUCAGAUACAACAUCCCCUAUGGCAGCAUCAGAACCCUCCAACAGCCUGGCAAAGAGGCGGGUCGGCCAUCCUUUAUCCCAAGAAGAAGGACUGGGGAAUCCAAACCCAAGAUCAGAGCAACUCAGCAGGAGUACUGAUGAAGGGCCUCCAUUCACAAAAGAAUCAGGGAUGGCUCUCUGGGAGGAGGAGGGAUAUAUUGGGAAAAUACCUCCUGUUUCCCAAGUUCCUGUAUUUCCUGAGGAGGAGAAUUCUGAAGAACAGGAAAAAGUGACCUCACUCCAUCUGUCCCAAAACCAUGUGACACAGCUCAAGGAUGUGAUCCUGUGUUUCUCUGAGGAAGAGUGGUCUCUUCUGGACCCUGCUCAGACUGGCUUCUAUGGAGAAUUCAUCAUAGAGGAGGACUAUGGAGUCUCUCUCGCCAUGAGUCCCCAGCCAGUCCCAGAGAGAAUAAAUGAAUUGACCAAGGUCAUGCAACUACCAGAUUCCCCGGUAGAAGAGGAUGAGCCAUGUGUUCUGGAAUUCCAGUGUCCCCAGGAUAAAGAGACCCCCAAAACUACUUGUACAGGGGAUAGCAACAUGAACAAAAAGGAGAUACCUCAGCAAAAAAAUCUAGGAGAGGAAGUUUCCAUUGAAAUCGUAUUAUCCAGUUCUGGAGAUGAGGAUCCCAAACAGAGCCAGGCCUGCCGAGAUCUUCCAAGCUCCAAGAGGAGGAAGCGCAACCCUUCCCUUCCCCACAAGAAUAAUAUGACUGACUUCAGAGAUGAUGUCUGUACUCAGGUUGAGACUACAUCAAGGAAACCUUACACAUGUCCUGAGUGUGGGAAGAAUUUCCGCUGGAGGGCAAACUUCAUUAGGCAUCUCAAGAGCCGCAAAGAAGAGAAGAAAGUUCACGAGUGUCCUGUCUGCCGGGAAACAUUCACCGAGAGUGAGGAACUCAGAGAACACCGGGAGACCCAUGAAACUAAGAAGCCUUAUGUAUGUGGUGAGUGUGGGAAAAGUUUCCGCCUUAGUUCCCAUCUUAUCUCCCACAGCAGAAUGCAUACCCAGGAAAAAGGGCCUGACCUAAGCAAGAAAGAGCAUCAAGGGUCAUCAUCUUCAUCUAGUCCAUCAGAAGAAAUUACAACUCCUAGCACCUUAUUUGGAGAAGAGAAGAAAGAGCAAACACAUAAGUGUUGUUUUUGUGAAAAAAUCUUUGAGCAACAUGACCACUUGGUCCAACACAGCAGCAUUCAUUCAAAAGAUAAGUCUUUUAAGUGUCGGUACUGUGUCAAAAGUUUCUUUAAUAAGCAUGAUCUCAUUCGACAUCAGCGAGUACAUAUGAAGAGACGCUCUAAGCAAGCACUGAACUCAUACUAAUUUCCUUUUUACCCCAAUAUGCUGGGAAUGUUAGAGAAAAGCCUUAUGUUACUAGGUCACUGUGAUCUCACUGUUGUGAUUUUGUUAAUAGUUGUUAUUGAAUUGUACCACUUUGUGUGCUGAGUCUCACAUCAACACAGAUGUAUUUCUUAUCUAUUCAUUCUCUCUCUCUCUCUCUCUCACACACACACACACACACACACACACCCCACAUGAUCAUUCCUUUACUCUGCAACAGUGCCCAUAAAGCAAUACAGUAUUUAAUAGGCAUUAAAAAAAAUAGUAAUACAGUCAAUUAGCUUCUUCCCUUCCCCUCUACUAAUGCCAAAUAAUUGUUCCUUUCUCUUACCCUCUUCCCUCCCAUCACAUCCCCUGCAUUCUCAUCACACUGAUUUGGAAAUGAAAUCAAUCCAUUGCUUUAGCGUCUUAUAGAUAAAUUCAGAUAAACCCACAGGAGCAUUUUUUUCCUGCCCUAUGAACUUCUUUCUAGUUAGAAAGUGCAUUUCAUACCCAUGCUUGAGUUUCCUAUUGUAACCACAGCUAGAGAAAGGUCAGUAAAUAUACGCUUUGUUACAGAACCAAUAUAAAGCUCAAGUCUCCUAAGCAAACUGGAACAACUUGCCUAAACCCUACCAUCCCUUGAUGCUACUAUCUUCCUCUCCAAAGCAGGUCAAGCAAAUCCCCAUGCUAAGACACUAAAAA